UGUAGGAUUUGCUUUUUCCCGUUCUCAAAGUACGCCGUCGCCGUUCGGCCCUCGUCUGCUUCGCUUUUUUCUUCGCCGUUCGGCCUUCGCCUGUUUCGCCGGAAGCAGAUUUUGAAAGAGUCGCUUCUUCGCCUCCUUCGACGACGUUCCCUUCCUGUGGGAUCGGAAGUCACACAGUUCGGCGGCAUUCUUCGGGGCUUGCUCGCUGCGGAGGUGACCAUCUUGCUCCCGUUUCGCGCGCUUCUUCGGCCAAAUCCUGUAAAUCGGCAAAGAAGAGGGAAACGGAGGAUUUAUUUUUCCAUGAGAUUUAAGAUGUGUUCAAAUCCCGUUUGCCAGAAUUUUGCAUAAAUCCUGCAUCCAAACGGCCCCUUAACACUAGAUUCCUGCUCCACCAUCGGUUCCAAUGUCCUCUUCAGUGCUUAACAGCAUCUCAUUCUCCGUCUCCGAUGAUGAAUCGAACGAGCCGGUUGGGAAGAUGAAGGUCCAUGGCCACCGAAAGCGAAAGAAGCAGUUCCUACGCUCGAACAGGGGCUUCCUCGACCGAGCCUUAAGGUUGUUGGCGAGGUGGUGGCCGCUGAUGAUUUUCAUUCCGCCGAUGCUAUUGCUUGCGUUCGAGGCCUCGAAGCUCGGGCGGAAACAAAGCGAGAAGGUCGAGGUGGAAAAGCGGCAACUGGAGGGUUCUCAGGUUCAAAGAACGAACUUGAAUCACCUGGAUCCCACCACCAGAGUUGUCAAUGGCGUGAGAGAGGUUUGCCUAAAGAUGCUUAAAGAAGAAGAUCUGAACAAGCUGGAAUUUCCCGAUAAUGUCGUUCAUAGUUCUCCAGUCAAGAGUGUGACAUACAAAACCGAUUCUGGCCAGUAUCCUGUUGAAGGUAACACCACAAUGUUAAGGCACCAAAAUGGAACUGCUAGAUUUAACUUAUUCAGUGGAUAUCAAACACUUGAAGAAAGAGAAGAUAGCUUCAAUGUAAAGAACAAUGCUGAGGUGCAUUGUGGUUUUUACAGUGAUGCUGGAGGAUUUAAAUUUUCUGAUGAAGAUAAACAAUACAUGAAGGAUUGCAAAGUAGUGGUAUGUACAUGUGCAUUUGGAGGGGGAGAUGAUCUUUAUCAACCGAUUGGGAUGAGUGAAGCUUCUUUAAAUAAGGUUUGCUAUGUGGCAUUUUGGGAUGAAUUAACUCUUGCUGCGCAGGAGGCAGAAGGAAAUACAAUUGGUGAUGAUAGCAUGAUUGGUAGAUGGCGUAUUGUUGUUGUUAGGGAUCUACCUUUCUCAGAUCAACGCUUGAAUGGAAAGAUUCCUAAGAUGCUGGGCCACAGAUUAUUUCCUCAAGCUAGAUAUUCAAUUUGGGUGGAUUCAAAGUCACAGCUCCGAAGAGAUCCAUUAGGAGUGCUGGAGGCACUUCUCUGGCGUACGAAUUCUGUAUUUGCCAUUUCAGAGCACGGUGCCCGUAGCAACCUGUAUGACGAGGCAAAGGCCAUUGUUAGGAAGCACAAAGCGACCCCUGAAGAAGUGGACGUGCAGAUCAAGCAGUACCGUUAUGAUGGCAUUCCUGCUGAUAGUAGGCUUCAUGGGAAAAAAGCUCUGGCAGAAGCAUCUAUCAUUGUAAGGGAGCACACGCCGCUGACAAAUCUUUUCACAUGCCUGUGGUUCAAUGAAGUUGUUCGAUUUACAUCUAGAGAUCAGCUCAGCUUCCCCUAUGUUCUCAGGCGACUUUGGAUCCCUAAUAUGAACAUGUUUCCAGUGUGUACCAGAAGGGAUCUUGUCAACAGUAUAGGCCAUAGACACAAGGUAAAACCUCUUGAAAAGCUUAUGUAGUUAAAUGAGAGAUGUAUUUAGAUGCUCAUUUAUUCAUUUCCAGGAAUGCUAUUUGAUUCAUUUAUG